AUGUUGGACCUGCAACAAACAUCUGCCGAGAGCGCUGUUCGCUUUCUCCAGAGUUGGAUUUCAUUGUUGUGUCAUGCUGAUCGGUAUAACUGGCUAAAAAACGAAACGGUGUUGUCGCUACUUAAUAACGCCGUAAUGUGCGUCGUCCCUAGCGAUGACUGUUUAAAGCGUACCCUGGUGCAUUUCAUUAAACCUUUAAAGACUUAUCUCAAAGAAGCGGGGCAGAAGCGAACGUAUUUGUUGACAUACAAUAAAAUGCCAAUCCUACUCGAUGCGGAACUUAUGCGCAAGUUCCCCUGGAUCGCUUUCAUCUGCGUGAAGACGUGCAUUAAGUGUUGUAGGACGAUCUAUCGCGAUUUUCAGAUUCUAGCCGGCGAACAACGGGACGCCAGCUUCGACGAGAUAAUGAAAAAUGUCUAUUCUCACAGCAAUAUUUGGUUAACGAUCGAUGAGUUUCCACUGUUGCUGUGGAUUCAGUUUUGUCUGGCAAUUGCUGAUGAUUCACCAUUAUUCUACUUGGCCUCAAUCGAGCUCUCAGAGCAGCUGACGGAAAUCGACAACUCUGUGAACAGGUACCUUAUAACAAGUGGAGCUUUCUCGUCAUAGCU